GGGCCGGUGCCGUUCCUAUAAGGCCUAUACUAUUUCAAUACAACUCACUCUAACAACACCUAUCAAUACUAUAUUUUCAUUCGCAUUCAAUAAAAGCCCCUACCACCUCUUCCGGCCGCGGCGGCGCUCUUCUGUGUCCGCCACGGUCGUAUUCCAAUAAAACAUCCAUCCCUCUCAUAUUCUCGAUCUUCUCGCAUUUUCCUAUUUCCUUAUCACCAUGGGAGAGCCAGCUGAGAUGAAUAAAGACAAAUACCCUCUCUCCUCCUCCUCCUCCUCAUGGGAGUCGUCGGAGAACGAAGAGAUCCAACGCCUGGAGCACGCGCCGCCGUUCUGGCGCAACCGCAAGAAGUUGUCCAAGCAGCUGUCCAUGUGCGAGACCCCACGCGACGUCGCGUGGGAGAGGCGCCGCCGCCAGAUCCUUAAUCAGGAGAGGAGGAAGAGCGACGCUGAGUGUUUGACGGACGAUGAUCUUAACGAGCUUAAAGGGUGCAUAGAGCUGGGAUUUGGAUUCAAGGAGGAAGAAGGGCAGCGGCUAUGCAACACCUUGCCGGCACUGGACCUCUAUUUCGCCGUCAACCGCCAGUUUUCUUUCAGUCCGGUGUCGACUCCGGGGAGCAAGGGCACUACGUUACCGUCGCCUUCAGCCUCGUCCACCGGAGGGAGGUCCUCGUCUUUGAGUAGCCCCGGCAGUGAUUCAGAUUCAUGGAGGAUCUGCAGCCCAGGUGAAAAUCCGGAACAUGUUAAGAUAAAGCUGAGGCAUUGGGCACAAGCGGUUGCAUGUUCUGUGAUGCAGUCCUAUUGAUGAAAGACUGGGAUAAUGCCAUUGUAAGAUCGAGAGCAACAUAACGACAGGGGUGGAGAUUUUCACAGAGGUACAGCAGCUGAUCAUAUAAUUUGGGAAAGAAGGAGAUCGAAGAUGAUGAUGAUGAAGACUACUAUAAACUGCUUUUUGGAAAAUUUUUCAUCAUAUUAAAGAGUGUUUUACCUCUUAAUUUUGAUCGAGAUAUAUACAUUAUAGUGGUUUAUGGUUAGGACGAUUCAAUUUCAAUUUCAUAUGAAAUAACUACAAUGAGAUGCUGCAUUGUAAUGUGAAUGCACCAUCGAGAGUAGCCCCCAUUGGUAGUUGAGUUGAGAAAUUUGAUUGUAUAGCGAAUGGUACCAGCAGUAGAUUCCCCCCAUUAAGAUUUAUCUAUAUAUAUAUAUUCGCUACGUAUUGACUAUAUUACUUUUAUUUUUUCAUGCAUCCAAAUUAUUAGAUGUGACAGCAUCAACUUUGUAAUUUAGUUUUUGGGGGAAGUGAAUUGCACAUUGUAUA